ACAACAAUGCACCGCGGCCCGACGCAUCCAUCGACGAAACAUGGCUGCGUCCUUAAACAUGAAUACUCAUGUAAACCGAUUUAAUUUCUCCAUUUAUCACUAUUAAACAGUUGUUUGAUUCGGAUUAAACUAUCGCGUUUAAGAAAUCAUUUGGUAAAUACGUCAAAUACGGAACUAAUACAGCAACUGUUAUCGAAACCUGAUGAAAUAUGGAAGCAGUAGCGCAGUCACCUCAGAUUUCCACUUUGCUUUUUGAGGACUCACGACACCUGUGAUUGACCCAGAGUGUUCAAACAGGAAAGGAGCAUUUUGUCCCUCGGUUGGUUUAUUAAAGCGAUGUUUAAUCCUGUAAAAUCAUCUUAUUCUAGAGUGAGCCCGGCGAUUGUCAAUCGUGAGCUGGGAAAGACAAAGAUGAGAUAGCAAUAGGUGAAACUUUCAGUUUUCCGUGUAAACGAAACUCAGUUCAGUUAAAGAGCAGGAGGUAUAUCGAUACUAAGUUUUGUGAAGAUGUUCGGGGAUCUGUUCGAGGAAGACGGCGAAGGGUUUUCCUCCACACCUGGGACAGGUAAUGCAGUAAAGGGGAGAGAGUCUGAGCCACCUCCCCCCAGAGGUAAAGCCAAACUCUGCGGGAUCAAGAAUCAGGGUGGCACCUGUUACCUCAACUCCCUGAUCCAGACCCUUCUGUUCACACCUGAGUUUAGAGAGGAACUGUUCAGCCUUGGACCGGAUGAAUUAGGGUGUCUGGCUGACAAAGACAAACCGGAGGCAAAGGUCCGUGUGAUACCACUGGAGCUUCAGAGACUGUUUGCUCAUCUUUUGCUGGCGGACGAACAGACGGCCUCUACAACAGAUCUGACAGACAGUUUUGGAUGGACCAACAAUGAGGAAACGGCUCAGCAGGACGUUCAGGAACUGAACCGGAUCCUGUUCUGUGCUUUAGAAAGCUCUUUAGUGGGCACAUUGGGCAGCAGCCUCAUACACCGCCUGUACCACGGGACGCUUGUCAACCAGAUCACCUGCAAGGAGUGUGGCAAUAUCAGUGAGAGACAGGAGGAUUUUCUGGACCUGACCGUGUCAGUGAGGGGUGUGAGUGGAUUAGAGGAGGCGCUGUGGAACAUGUUUGUUGAUGAGGAGCUCUUUGAGGGUAAUAACCUGUAUCGCUGCAGCAGAUGUGACCAGCUGGUCAGGGCUGCUAAGUCUGCUAAACUGAGAAAGCUUCCACCUUUCCUGACCAUUUCCCUGUUGAGGUUUAACUUUGACUUUGCCAAGUGUGAGCGCUAUAAAGAGACGGGAAGCUACGUUUUUCCGCUCAACUUUAACCUCAGAGCGUUUUGUGAGCAGAGCAACUUGCCAGACUCUGAGUAUUCGUACGAGCUCUUCUCUGUCAUCAUACAUAAGGGAGGUUGUUAUGGUGGCCAUUAUCAUGUUUACAUCAAAGACCUUGAUCAACUUGGCCACUGGGAGGCACCGGAGGAAGAUGUAAAAGUUAAGACAAAGAGCCGGAGACAAGAGACCCGUGUACAAGAAGAGAAGAGCGACAAUGAGAACUCCGUGGACACAGAUGAUCCACUUUCUGUUCUUACUGCCAUUCUGUCUCAGGAGGAGUCAAACUGUGUGCUUGUGGACCAGCUGGGCCAAAAGCUGAUGAAUAAAACUGGCACACCUUGGAGCAAAAAGUACAAAAAACAGUACGGCACCAUUAGCAAGUUUCUUCAGAACCACCCAGAAGUGUUUCUGCUGGUCUCUAAUGGAACCCGGGUCACUCUGAAGACCGUUCCUGUGACAUCACAACCUGGGCUGACAGAACCCGUCAGUCCAACCUUGUCCAACAGCAACACGGAGCCAGAAGUGGAAGAUACAGUUGAUGGAUGCCACUGGUUUGACCUAAAUGACUCUACUGUAACAGCCAUUUCAGAGAAGGACAUAGAGAAGCAGUUUCAGGGAAAAGAGAGCGCCUACAUGCUCUUCUACAGGAAGUCUACUAUGAAAAGACCUCCAGAAGCAAUAGGAAACCCUGCAUACAAAAUGCCUCCUCACCUACUAAAGAUGAUGGAAGAUGAGAACGCAAGGCUUCAACAGAGAAGAGCCGAGUUUGAUGCCACCAGUAACAGCAUUGAAGUACGGCUGCAUUUGGCUCCUCAUUACCACUGUGAAAACGGAGCCUUGCACCCCACCGCCCCGGAGAACGACUCUAUAAUCACAAUCACGUUUGAUCGCAGGAAGACUGUGGGAGACUUGCGAUUGGCCAUUUACCAGAUGCAGGAUCUUUGGGAAGGAGACAUGGCUUUGACUCUGGCUAAGAAUGUGCCAGCUGGUUUACAUUUGUAUGAUACACUGACAGAUGACCAGAUGUCCCUAUAUAGUGCAGGAGUGUGUAAUGGCACUGAUCUGUUUGUUUGGAAUGGAAGAGAGGUGAAUGGUGUGGUGGUUCGAACUGGGGCUGAAUGGGAGCCUGUAUUACUGACUGUCUUGCGUCCCUCUGCAGAAGAGCUGGGUUGUGAUGAUCAGUCAGAGGACGGAGACACAGGCGGUUCUGGUCUGGUGCGAUCCAUGAAAGGCUUUGCUGGUGGGGCCACACUGGGUGCGGUGCUCGAGGCCUUAGGGCCCCAAGAGGCCAUGCUGUGCCAGGAACAGAGUCGCCCUGGGGCAACUGGAGGCGGUGCCAGUGGCUGGAGGGUUUUUCCACCUCAGGACCUGCAGAGGACACUGAGAGAGUUGUCUCUGAAGGAUGGGGACGCCCUAUUGCUCCUGCAGCCGGAGGAACUGGACACCAGUAUGUUUAGCGUCAAUGGUGACAUGGUUACGGUGACGACGCCCUCAGACUGUCGAUGGCUGCAGGUGGAGUUUUGUCCACAGAAUGGAAUGAGGCAGGAAGAGGAGGAACAGGAGAAAAAGAGGAGUAAAGUCUCCGCCUCAGGGAACAUGCUGCUGUCUGAAGUGAAGGACAAAGCUCUUGAGGAACUUCACCUCCAGGAUAAACUCAGCGGUGUGGAGUGCUGUCUGAGACAAAUGGAUCGAACUGGAAAACUUUUGCCUCCAGCCCAUGAGCAUCUGACUGUUCGGGAUGCAGGGAUCAGGUUGAUGACGUCGCUCUAUCUGUGCCCCGGAGCAGCGCCAGCAGCACAACAGUUGUUCUUGUACUUCAGUGUUGGUCUAGUGCCCUCUGCUGGUCAGGAGCUGGAGAUUAUUGUAGAUGAGUCUUUAACUGUUAAAGAGUGCCUUAAGGAAAUGUUGCACAUGGCAAGGCUUGAAGGUGAUGCGUGGCACUUAAGAAGCCUGGAUUGGUGUGAAGAGAUUGGAGAACCCCUUAUGGAUGAGAAUGCAUCUCUGAAAGAGGCAAAGGUUAACCAUGGAGACACACUGGUGCUGGUGGAAGGGCGACUUCCUCCAAAGGGUUACCUUAAGCUGCCUAUCAGGAUGUACAUGGAUACGUUUGAUAACCCCAGUAUUCCAGAGAUCAACCUAGAAGCAGAAUCUCAAAGCAUCAAGAUGUCGGCCACAGAGUGGUCUGGAUCGGAGAUGAGAUUCGUUGGAUAUGUUGAGAUAUCAGAUGAGGCUUCACUUGACGAUCUCAAGACUCAGGUGAUGACUUUGCCAGCCCUUCAGGAUGUAUGUGUGCCCAGCCCUGCAUUCCUGCGUCUAUGGCUGCUGGAGGGAAGAAACCUGACCAGGAUACUUCGAGGAAAACAGCAGACACUCAGGAAACUGAAGCUGGGGAAUGGGGUGGAGUUGUGCGUUCAGAGGUUGAUGAAAGAAGAGGACCUGGGACUGAAGGAUAUACUGCUGACGGUUCAGGUGGGGGUGCCCGGAGAGAAGGCAUAUUAUCCCUCGGAGGAGUUUUUGUGGGACACUGGCCGUGACGGGACGGCUAAAGGCCUGUACACUGCUCUGGCCGCUCAGUAUGGUCUCACCCCUGACAACCUGAUUCUGGCUAAACACCUGCCUGACAAACACACCUGGAUGCCCAUCUCCAACUGGACUCAACAGGUCUCAAAAAGAAAGAAGAAGAGAAAAGCUGAAAGUCUACAGGCAGCUCCUUUCUACCUGAAAGAUGGCGAUAUUAUGGGUGUCAAGAAUCUGUUAAUAGAUACUAAUAAAGAAUUCAGCACUCUGCAGGAUGAGAUUGGUCAGCAGCGACUCAGGGAGGAGACAGCCAAUCACAAAACAAGGGGGCAUACUGCCAUUGAGGACUGUGCACAAAACACAGGGCCCAAGAAGUCCGGCCCAACUAAGAACCGGAAACCAGAGGUGGCCUUAUCGAUAAAUGUAGGAGUGUUCAGGAGCUGAGGAUCAGUCAGGGAGCAGAUACAAAGAUACUGUAGAUCCGGACUUGUGCAAUCCACAGAGGGUUUCCUAGUGGGGUCACACUAGGUACAAGGCUCAAGUGACAUUAACAUCUAUUUAUAGAGUAGAAAGAAAUCAGCUUUUCUACUUCUGUUCAUCUUGAGGCCACCCAACCAUGUGAUGUUUAUUGAACAUCAGAUAACUUGAGGUUGUGCAGCCAUAAAUCUUUUGUUGAUUAAGCUGUAAAAAAAAUUAUUUGCAUGGUUUUCUGGAAUCUAAAAUGUUUCUUGCUAUGCAAUGAGACAAAGUGCAUUGUACAAAACAACCAUAAGAAUGAAAGUGAAACCAUC